GAAGCGAUGCUGACAUGGUGGAUAAGAACAAGUGCUGCACCCUCUGCAACAUGUCCUUCACUUCCGCAGUGGUGGCCGACUCACAUUAUCAAGGCAAAAUCCACGCCAAAAGGUUAAAACUGUUGCUAGGAGAAAAAACCCCAUUAAAGACCACAGCAACACCCCUGAGCUCACUGAAGCCCCCACGAAUGGACACUGCUCCGAUGGUCGCGUCUCCCUAUCAAAGAAGAGAUUCAGAUAGAUACUGUGGGCUCUGUGCAGCCUGGUUUAAUAACCCUCUGAUGGCCCAGCAACAUUAUGAUGGCAAGAAACACAAAAAAAAUGCUGCAAGAGUUGCUUUAUUAGAACAACUUGGGACAACCCUGGAUAUGGGAGAGCUGAGAGGUCUGAGGCGCAAUUACAGAUGUACCAUCUGCAGUGUCUCCCUUAACUCAAUAGAACAGUAUCAUGCCCAUCUGAAAGGAUCUAAACACCAGACCAACCUGAAGAAUAAGUAGUGAAAACACCAAUCAAGAGACAAGAAAAAAAAAAUCAGCAUCUCUCUGCCUUGGAGAUUGCUUGUCAACCAUCAGAGGAGGCUUCUUUCUUGAACAAUGAACAUUUCUUACAAGGAUUCACAGACAACAUAGGACUGAUCCUGAGUUUUGGAAAUAAAUGAGGUUUCUUUUUUGUUUUUUUUUUUAAUUUUGUGGUAAGUUAUGAUAUUUGGAUGGAUCUUUUUCCUUUUUUCCUGAUCACAUAUUUAGCACAUGUUCUAAAUUAUAAUCCUGUAGCAAACAGUUGGAGCAUUAUUCAAACUUAGAAUAAUGACUGUGGGAGAAUUUAAAUUUCCAAGUUAUUCUAGAUUUCCUCAGAGUAUAAUUAUUCUGUUAAAUCCUCAAUGAUUGUGAUGUAAACCACCUCUAUCCAGAUAUAAAUAUUCUUUCUUCAUCAUGUUGAACAUGAUUGAGGACAACAUGCACGGAACCAGAACAAAUCACUGUUUGUGGAAGCCGGAAAAUGGACAAACACCCAUCCCUCUUGGUUCACCUUCAAGCACACAAACCAGGUUUGCCACCUGAACAAUGAAAACCAGGAGGGCAAAUAAAGGAAGAGUCUUCAUUCUUUUUUCCUGAUCAUUGAAACAACAGUUUUUCAAGGUUAAGCCAAGUCCUCUUUGCAAGCUGCCAAAUCAUAGCUUAGGAAAAGAAUUAGUUUGCCUGCAUGAUGAUCCUCUUAGGCAAAAAUGUCUUCACAGCAGUUGACCUUGGUGAAAUGUUUUACCAAAAGCAUCCACAAGGAUUAUAGACCCCAGAAUGAGAUAGAAAUGAAUGAAUAUAUUUUAUGGAGUUGGCCUGAACUGUGGACUUUAAUUUGGGGUACUGACAACAUGGACAGAAAUGAGGAUAUUCUGAAGAAAUGGUCAGCCUUGGGAAGAUGAGGUCCCCGGUUUCUUCUGUUUCUCACUGAAGUCCUGCCACUGAGCUGAGAUCCAGUCACCUUGGAAAGAAUCCCGCUGGACAGCAUGAAUGACCCAUGAGAAAACUACGGGGAACAUUUCUGAGUACAGGUCAUAAAGCUCUUUCUCUAGGUUUAAUUAUUUCCUGUGGUGACUGGACUUGGUGUCUUGCAGGCUAGCUACCCAGUGGGACGUUGAGCUUCUGUUCACGAUGUUAUCCGUGCUCCGGCUGAGACCAACCUGGGGCUGCCCUUUGCACCUUGUGACCGCAGGUGAUUGAUCUCCUGGUGUCAGGAAUUUCUGGACAUCCACUGUUUACCACAGAGAGCUGAAGCGGUUACAACUCAGUGAGCAAUAAACAAAAUGACACAGAAAUGCACAGUGUUGUUAUGAAGGUGCCUGUUUUCCUGUGUGUGAAAUCUGGCAUCAUUCCCUUGAGGAAGGCCCACUCUGGAGGGUUGGGGCUGCCAGUUCCUGUGCCCACAGAGAGGAGCAGCCCCCACCCCCAAGUGUAGGAAGGGGGUUGGAAGGGAAGAAGUCUAUGUUGCUGUCUGGAAAGCACACAAGAGUACAACCCUCUGGCAAUGGCUUUUCUUUGAAUGUGUAAAAUAUGGCUUUGUUUGUCAAUUCUGCUGUAAAAUAAGCAUUGUCUAAGUAAACAAAACCACAAAACAAAAAAA